AUGCCUCCCCGAACCACCAGCGAUUCGUCCAACAUGGGCGACAACAUUGUCGCUGCCAUCAACGAGUCGAUGGAGAAAGCUAUCGAGGCGAAGGUCGCGCUUGCCAUGGAGGAGUCGGUGGAGAAGAUGGUUGAGGCGAAGGUCGUUGCCGCCAUGAAAGCCGCGUCAAACAAAGGCGAGAAACUGGAACCAGAGCUUGAAGUUGAAUACAUGCGCAAACAGAUCAUCGCCAACGCCCCUUUCCUCUACCAGCUGCUCGGAGGACGCUACGCCGUCCUCCACUCAUUCCACGUAGUGACCAGUGGCACCGGCGCGAAAGUCUCUGGGUGCGUUUGCUACAUGAACGGGAAUUACAUGCACGUUCUACUUCGGGGCCCAGAGUCUCAAGGCGAAUUGGGGGCACUGCAAGAGCUGCUUGCUAUGACAAGGGAGCUGAUGCACGAGAAGUGGUCAGACUUCUACCGCCCGGCCGAUGACUGGAGUUUGGUUGGUGGUAGAGGCAACAGCUACUAUUACACAGCCAACCGCUAG